AAAAACGGAGAAACAGAAAGAAACCCUUUCUCCCUGAAGAUGCAGACUCUCUCUUGAAACCAAAGGAUAACAAUCUUCAUUUUACCCUUUUCACUCUAAAAGUGUAUUGAUCUCUGUGUUUUGCAGCAGCAGGUGAAGCAGACGGGAGAAUUGUGGGGAUGUUCUCACAAGCCUUUUUAGCUGUUCUGCUCUGCACAACUGUCGUCCCCCUCAAUGCUCAAAAUGAUGAAGGAAUUUCCUGUGCAGAUAAAACUGAGUGUCCUAUCACAGUGUACUUCGUCAUUGACACAUCUGAGAGCAUUGCCCUUCAGACUGACCCUAUUGAGAGUUUAGUGAACCAUAGCAAGAAGUUUGUUGCUCAAUUCGUUAAUAAGCUGGCCAAUGAGGUCUACCAACAACAAGUAUCCAUAAAUUGGCAAAUUGGGGGACUUCAUUUUUCAGAUAUAGUGGUAAUCUUUAGUUCUAUAACCCAAGACAAGGUGCUAUUCAAUGAUAGGUUGGCAAAAAUCCGUUACAUUGGUCGGGGCACUUUCACAGAUUGUGCUCUCUCCAACAUGACAGCUCAGAUGCCUCUCAAUCCGCAGGGGACAAAUUAUGCCAUUGUGAUCACUGAUGGCCAUGUGACAGGGAGUCCCUGUGGAGGGAUGAAGCAGCAAGCUGAUCGAGCACGAGAUGCAGAGAUCAAGCUCUUUGCAGUGGCCCCCAGCCAGAAAAUCUAUGAGCAAGGUCUCCAGGAAAUUGCCAGCCUUCCACAUGAACUUUUUAGGAACAACUAUGCCACUCUAAAGAAAGGCAGUGUUGAUGAAGAUACUGAGACCAUGGAUAAAAUCAUCCAAGUUAUGAAACAUGAUGCCUUUGCAAAGUGCUAUAAAAUGAGCUGCCUUGAAAUUCAAGGUCCACGUGGUCCAAAGGGAUUUCAAGGACAAAAG